UAUCGAGAAACCCUCAAAUUUCAUUGGAGCGAUUCUAUUUGGAACAGCAUUUGCAACACGUCUUAUAUUAUUUCAGUUUUCUAAUAUUACUCAAAUACUUGGUAGUCGAGUAGAGAUUGUGACGCCGGUAACGAGUUUUAACCGACAUUUAGUGUUGGCUUAUCUUUUGGCAAAUAUUACAAGGAUAAAACAAGAAUUAUAUAAAGAUUAUCCACGAUUAGAUAUAGAAUUGGAUGAAAUUAAUCCUUGGAUUAUUUCUGGACUGUAUCUAUUUAAUCCAUUAACGAUUGCUUCAUGUCUCUCACAAUCAACACUUAUAUUUACCAAUCUAUCAAUUAUUCUUGGAACUUAUUAUUCUCUUAAAAAUCAUAAAAGUUAUGGAAUGUUUUGGAUUGCUAUGGCAACUUAUUUAAGCUUUUAUCCAUUAAUGUUAGUUAUUCCUACUACAUUUAUGUUUACUAAUAGUGCAAAAUUUAGAGGAAAGAAUUUAAAGAAUGAAAUUUUUGGAUGUGCGGGUUUAUAUGUUGGAUGGUUGACGGGAUUAUUAAUUUUGUCUUAUUUAUUUGUUAAUUCCUGGGAUUUUUUAUCCGCUACAUAUGGAGAAGCAUCCCUUGUUUGUGGUUUUUAUGCUGAGUGGAAUAAUGGCAGUAUUUAA